AUGGGGGCCAGGCUAAAUCUUGAGGCCAUACCUGCACAUGGCCAGCAGAUUAUGGCCAAACUCAGCAAGAGAUCAAUCAAUAGCUACGACGGUUCAGCCAUCUUCAUCCCCGAUGGCAUCCGAGGCGCCCGAGUCCUUGACGUUGGAUGUGGGGGAGGUCUUCUGGCCUUCACCUUGUCGAAACUCGUCGGUCCAUCAGGCUACGUCGUUGGUGUUGACGGUUCGGAAAAAUUCGAAGGUGGAGAGUUUUACGACAGCGACAUCUUCUCUGACGUGGAGCAAUGUCUGGAAGUCAAGAACAAUCCCAUCUAUAACUGCUACGGCGUCAGUGAGGCGAUGAUCUGGUCUGACCUACAAAGAGUUGCAGGCAGGGUGGGGUUCUCUGAUCCCUACCUGAUCUACGCCGCUGAGACGUUUCAGUUUGAACAUGAGAAGCUCAAACAAGAUCUGAGGGGAGUUAACUACGCCUGUGCCGUCUACCAUCUCAUCAAGUUGGCGCCUGAACAAUCUGAAGGAGGCGCCGUUGUGACGUACAAGGGAACGCUAGAUAACUGUGAUGAGUCGUUUAAGUGGGAUGUUGAUCUAACAUUUAAACGUAAUGUCCCUGUGAAAAUAGACGGGUACCUUGCAAGUCUCUUGGCUAGAUCCAAAUACUCAAACCACUUUGUUAUUGAUGAGUGCAUUGACAAGGCCACUACACAAAGGAACCAGAAUCCAUUUGUGUACUUGAAGAAGUUGCGAGACGAAGGCGGGGAUUACCCUAAACCUAUUUACCCAAUGGAUGAAUACAACAAUAAAUUUUUUGAAGGCGUCAUUGACAAGUCAAUGUAAAGAUUGUUAUCAGAAAAUUAAUUAGGGAAAUUAUCAUUGGUAUCUAAUUUAGCAAAUGCUAAUUAAAAUUAUGUGAUUGCACUAUUUUGUAAUUGUUAUAGCCCAAUAUAAAUGAUAUAAUAAUAUCGCCUAGGAGUCGUUCAUA